AUCCUGGAUGAGGUGGAGAGGCGGAGGGGGAUCUCUGCAGCCCUGGUCUACCCCUUCAUGAGGAGUCUGAUGGAGUCACCCUUCCCAGCGCCGGGGAAGACCAUCAAAGUCAAGACCUUCCURCCUGGAGCAGGGAAUGAGGUCAUUGAGCUGAGGCGGCCCAUGGACUCCAGACUGGAGCAUGUAGACUUUGACAGUCUCUUCAGCUGCCUGAGCGUGCGUCAGGUGGUGCAGGUCUUCGCCUCCCUGCUGCUGGAGCGCAGAGUCAUCUUUGUGGCUGAUAAACUCAGUACCCUGUCCAGCUGUAUGCACGCGGUGGUGGCUCUGCUCUAUCCUUUCCUGGCAGCACACCUUCAUCCCGUCCUGCCUGCCUCCAUGGUGGACAUCGUCUGCUGCCCAACACCCUUCCCUGGUGGGGCUCCUGUCCAGCUCACUGCCAAACUGAAAGACCUGCCCCUGUGGAAGAGUGUGGCUGACCCUGACCUAAACCCCCCAGUGAAUGUGGCCUUGGCAGUUGGCAGCUGCUGCAGCCUGCAGGGCCCAUGCCAGGGCAGCCUCAGACCUCAGCUCUGGGGUCCUGGCCCCAGUAGGGAGGGAGAGAGGGAGGUUCUGGCUCUCAAUAAAAGCCUGGCAGGAGAAGCCAUCAGGCCUCUUAAAGCCCAGCUCUCUGCUAUUAACACAUUUCCUGAAAUGACUCACAAAUAUGUGACUUGUUUGUUUCCUUUGCAGGCUUUGAUGGUGGACCUGGGAACUGACCGCUUCCUCAGACAGAUGGAUGAUGAGGCCUCGCUGUUGCCACGGAAACUCCAGUCUGCUCUUGAGCUAACUCUGGAGCAGAGGAAUGACAUCAUCAAUCAGGACUCUGACAGCGAGUCAGACGAAGAGUGUAACUCCUUGAACAGCCUGGUGUCAGAGGCCUUCAUCCGUUUCUUUCUGGAAACCAUCGGCCACUACUCCCUGUUCCUCACCCAGAGCGAGCGAGGAGAACGCAGUUUCCAGCGCGAGGCCUUCCGCAAGUCUGUGGCCUCCAAGAGCAUCCGUCGCUUCCUGGGGGUCUUCAUGGAGUCCCAGAUGUUUGCGGGGUUCAUCCAAGACCGGGAGCUGCGGAAAUGCCGGGCCAAAGGACUCUUUGAGCAGAGGGUGGAGCAGUACCUGGAAGAGCUACCAGACACAGAGCAGAGUGGAGUGAACAAGUUCCUCAAAGGGCUAGGAAGUAAAAUGAAGUUUCUUCACAAAAAGAACUGAGGAAACCUGCUACUUAAUAACCAAAUACCGGAGCAUGAAAGCUUGUUCUACUGCAAACAGAAGAUCUGAUACACCCAAAACCCUGUAUUUUAUUGACUUGUUUGUCUUUCAAAAACAUCAAUGAAAUGUCAAUAUGUUGUACAUAUUUCACUGUAAACUGGCUGUGAUACCCUCCAAUGUAGCUUGAUUGUUAGGUGUCUGGUACCUUUAAUUGUGAGGUUAGUUACAGUAGGACGGUACAGAGUGAAUGUGCCUUUGUUUCUGAGUAACCACUGACAUUAAAGCAUACUUGAGAAGAACAUGAUCAGACUGAGUGAGUGAAUGCAUGCUGAUGUAUGGUGGAUGUACAGUUACUAUGUUUUGUAGUGUAGAUCAUCAUUGUCCUGUCUAUUUGCUGAAUGAGAGCUGUAAAUUCCACACCUGGUUGGGAGGAUUUGUACAUGCUUUAACACAUGAAUAAAGUGAUUGUAAAUGUUUAAAACAUGCAUUGCUUUGUAAAAUUCAGUAAUUAAACACAAAAGACUUCAAAUGA